UUGAAUAGUCAACUCUGUAAGGGAUCUGCUAUGGCUUCCUAUGUUACUCUCUUGUGGAAAAAGUGGACAGAGAGAUGGUACAAAAAACGCGAGACGAUAAAAAGAGAAGGAGCAGCCGAUAUUCACCGCAUGUUGGACAUCAUGGUAAGUAACAUGAAAAGCACAUCGCGACAGCAACAGAGACUGGGAGAACAACUGCGACUGGAGGAAGAGAGGCGGCAAAAGAAUUUUAAAGAGUUGCGAGAUCCCUGUGCGGACCCGAGUAGUGCACACUUUGAUGUGGCACACCUUCCGAAAAAAGGCAUGUAA